UGACAACUUUUUUCCAUUAAAAUGUUCCCAGACCACCAUCUAUGAAGCCAUCAUUCAAGGAACUUUCUCCCCAAUAUCCUUGUAGAACCCAAUUCUUUUAUGGCUAAUAAUACAAAAAUAGCUCAUCGAUCUCGUACUUAAACUUUUCUGUUAGAACAUCAGUUCUUCACUGUUUCUAUCGUUGAUCGUUAACCCUCCCUUUUUCUCAAAAAAGUCAACCUGUUCUGUGGUAUCUCUUGUCUCUACGAAUUCCUCUAAACAUUCAUUCUUUAUUACUAUAAUAUCUCAUUAUUUCGAAAUCAAUUCAUGGGGGUUCUUUAAUCUGAAGCGUUAAUCCUCAGAAAACUUCAACUUUUCUGAAGAAACUUAACUUGGGCUGGGUUUAUAUAGAAUUUUGUUGAGAUGUAUAGAAGGAAGAUGAAGAAAGCUAGUAUUGAUAUGAGCAAAAUAACCGAGUUCUUGAAUCAAUUAUAUGUGGAAAAACCUCUUUUUCCAUUAGUGAUUCCUCUGUUAUUGGUUUUAUGGAGCAUUGAGAAGUGGGUUUUCAACCUCUCGAAUUGGGUUCCUCUUGCUGUUGCUGUCUGGGCAACUGUUCAGUACGGAAGUUAUCGACAGAGAAUUGUUGUGCAAGACUUGAAUAAAAAGUGGAAGCAACUCAUUUUACAAACAUCUCCUACAACACCAUUGGAGCACUGUGAGUGGCUCAACAAACUCUUAAUUGAAGUUUGGCCCAAUUUCAUUAGUCCUAAGCUUUCACUCAAAUUUUCAUCCAUUGUUGAGAAACGCCUAAAGCAUCGGAAAACAAAGCUAAUUGAAAGGAUCGAGCUGCAAGAGUUUUCGUUAGGUUCAUGCCCUCCAAUAUUUGGAAUGCAUGGGGCUCAAUGGUCUACUGCAGGUGAUCAGAGAUUCAUCCGUAUGGGCUUUGACUGGGACACUACUGACAUAAGUAUCAUGUUGUUUACAAAGUUGGCAAAACCGAUGGGAACAGCUCGAAUUGUAGUAAACAACAUCCACAUCAAGGGUGAUCUUCUUAUAUCACCGAUUUUAGAUGGGAAAGCGGUUUUAUAUUCAUUUGUGUCGACUCCGGAGGUGAGAAUAGGUGUUGCAUUUGGAAGUGGUGGCAGCCAAUCUUUACCUGCAACAGAACUCCCUGGUGUCUCAUCCUGGCUGGUUAAAAUUUGUAACGAUACCUUGAACAAAACAAUGGUGGAACCUCGGCGCCGUUGUCUUGCUUUGCCGCCAGUGGACCUCCGGAAAAAGGCGGUGGGGGGUGUCCUCCACGUGACGGUUGUUUCCGCCGGAAAACUUUCCCGGAAUAGUUUUAAAGGAAGCUCUACAACUACAACUACAAGUGAUGGUUAUGGUUAUGGGCAAGAGAAUCAUCAUGACAUGGGUAAAGAUUUCCAUACAUUUGUAGAAGUGGAACUUGAAGAUUUGACAAGGAGAACACUCGAGGUAGCGGGACCCAACCCCACAUGGGAUUCAACCUUUAAUAUGCUUCUUCAUGAUGAUGCCGGAAUUCUCAAGUUUAAUCUUUAUGAAAGUUGCCCGGAUAAUGUGAAUUAUGAUCACCUUGCUAGCUGCGAAAUCAAGCUGCGAUAUUGCACGGAUGAUUCGACUAUCUUCUGGGCUGUUGGGGAAGAAUCAGGUGUGAUAGCAAAGCAUGCUGAGUUUUGCGGAAAAGAAGUUGAAAUGGUGGUCCCAUUUGAGAGUAUUAACUCAGCAAAGUUGAAAGUGAAACUUACACUGAAAGAAUGGCAAUUUUCGGAUGGUUUACAUACCUUGAGUGGUUCUCAACUUAGCUCACGGGGAUCAUUAUUUGGGUCAACAUCAAAUUUUCAACCAAGAACCGGAAGGAAGAUUUACGUAACUGUUGUUGAAGGGAAAGAACUUUUAGAGAAGGACAAAAGUGGAAAGUCGUAUGUUAAAUUGCAAUAUGGGAAGACGAUCCAAAGAACGAGAGGUGCCACAAAUGCUUCACAACCUAGUUGGACUCAGAAGUUUGAGUUUGAAGAGAUUAGUGAUGGUGAAUAUCUAAAGGUAAAAUGUUAUAAUGAAGACAUCUUUGGAGAUGAGAAUAUUGGUGGUGCAAGGGUAAAUUUGGAAGGUCUAGUGGAUGGGGUGGUGAGGGAUGUAUGGAUUCCACUUGAGAAAGUCAAAAAGGGCGAAGUUCGGCUUCAAAUCGAAGCAGUAACAAUUGAUGAUUAUGAAGGAUCCAAGGGUUCACAAGGUGGUUUGAUUGAGCUUGUUCUUAUCGAAGGAAGAGAUCUUGUUGCUGCAGAUAUCCGGGGAACAAGUGAUCCCUAUGUUAGGGUACAAUAUGGAAAUUUGAAGAGAAGAACCAAGGUAAUGUUUAAAACUCUGAGUCCCCAAUGGCAUCAAACUUUUGAAUUUCCUGAUGACGGAAGUCUCUUAGCUCUCCAUGUAAAAGACCAUAAUGCCCUUUUGCCAACAUCUAGUAUUGGUGAUUGCAUUGUGGAAUAUCAAAGAUUGGCCCCAAAUGAGAUGUCCGAUAAAUGGAUACCUCUUCAAGGAGUUAAAAGGGGUGAGAUUCAUGUUCAAGUAACUAGAAAAGUUCCACAACUACAAAAGAAAGUUUCUGAUUCCGAGUCACCCUCAAGUAGAGGACACAAAAUUUCAGGCCAGAUAAAGCAAAUGAUGAUGAAAAUCCGGUCUCUAAUCGAAGAUGAAAAUCUUGAAGAAGUGUCAUCAUCUCUAACUGAGCUCGAAAGCCUCCAUGAAGUUGAAGAAGAAUGCAUCAUCCAACUUGAAACCGAGCAAAUGCUUUUACUCAACAAAAUUAAUGAGCUCGGUCAGGAGAUCAUCAAUUCAUCGCCUUCACUUAGCCGAAGAUCUUCAAGUAAUUGAGUAACACGUAUAGUAGAUAUAGAUCACAAUAGGGUUAAUUACUAAAAAGACAAACAUACAUUCCUUCAUUGCCAAUUUGCCGUAUUUUUUCCCCUCAAAACUGUUUGAUCCG